CGACUCCUCCCGUCAGCCUCCCCGAGAUGGUGUGUGCGCUUCCUGGGAUCUUGACAGCGAAGAUCUCGGAGCCUCGCCUAGUUAAGUUGCUUUUACAGAAUUAACAGGUCUCCAAGAAAUAAAAGGAAAAGGUAAGACAUCAGUUUCAGGCUUUGCACAGCAGUGUGACAACAGCAGCUAGAUUAGUGCUUCUGUGUACUCACUGCUUCUGUUCUCUAUGUGGCGGCUGUGUAUCCUGAGCAGAACUGUACACUGACCAUAGAUGGCUUUUCUGACUAUGUAAACUAUUGUGGUUAGUAGAAGACAAGCCAGUAGGAGACGACACAUUUCUAAGAGUCUGAAAGUAGUUUGGUUUGGUUGUGAAACAGCAUUUGGCAGACUUAAAAAGGAAGAGUUGAUAUUUUUGAUGUCCCUAUUGAACAGGGUAGGUGACGUGAAAUGUUACUUUAAGGCAGUUGGUUUAUUUGUAGGUUUAGAUAGAAGAAAGAGUAUUUGUUUUCUUUAAGAAUAAGAUAAGAUCAAGGUUUUUUUUUUUUUUUGUGAACUAGUAUCUUGUUUCCAUUUAUUAAUGCUGAAGGAAGCAGGAACCAGGUAAUUAUUAAGCUAGUUUGCGCUAAGGUACUGCAAAAAUAAGACUUGCUAUUAUGUGUACCUUUUUGUCUGCAGGUCAUUAUUGCUGUGGUUUGAGCUCAGCAUGGCUGUAGUCAUCCGUUUACUGGGGCUUCCUUUUAUUGCGGGGCCUGUGGAUAUUCGUCACUUCUUCAAGGGAUUGACUAUUCCUGAUGGAGGAGUGCAUAUAAUUGGAGGGAAAGUUGGGGAGGCUUUUAUUAUUUUUGCAACAGAUGAAGAUGCGAGACGUGCCAUAAGUCGUUCAGGAGGGUUUAUCAAGGAUUCAUCUGUAGAGCUUUUUCUUAGUAGCAAGGCAGAAAUGCAGAAGACCAUAGAAAUGCAAAGAACUGUUCGUGGAGGAAGAGGGCGACUGGGAUCAGGGGCAUCAGGGGUUGGCAACCUGUACCAUUUUAUUGAUGCUAUGAAGGAAGAGGAGAGUUAUUCUGGAUAUGGCUCUUCAAUUAAUCAAGAUGCUGGGUUUCAUACUAAUGGUACAGGACUUGAUGUAAGGCCAAGAAAGACCAGGCCAUCGAAGGCUGAGAACCCUUACUUGUUUCUACGAGGUUUGCCUUACUUAGUAAAUGAAGAUGAUGUACGUGUCUUUUUCUCUGGUUUGUGUGUGGAUGGAGUAAUUUUCUUAAAACAUCAUGAUGGCCGAAAUAAUGGUGAUGCUGUAGUAAAAUUUGCUUCAUGUAUUGAUGCUUCAGGAGGUCUUAAAUGCCAUAGAAGUUUCAUGGGUUCAAGAUUUAUAGAAGUAAUGCAGGGCUCAGAACAACAGUGGAUUGAAUUUGGUGGUAAUGCAACUACGGGUGGUGGCAUUCCUCGUCUGAGAGCUGAAGACCAUUCUCCUUCAAGAGGGGUUAGUGAUAGGCAUUUUCGAAAACGGUCUCAUUCAAAAUCCCCUAGAAGAACACGUUCUCGCUCCCCUCUUGGAUUUUAUCUACACUUAAAAAAUCUGUCCUUAAGUAUUAACAAAAGAGAUUUAAGAAAUUUCUUUAAACAUACUGACCUGACUAAUGAGCAGAUUAAGUUCUUAUAUAAAGAUGAACGAAGAACACGGUAUGCCUUUGUGAUGUUUAAGAAUCUAAAAGACUAUAAUACUGCCCUGGGCUUGCAUAAGACUGUUUUACAGUAUCGGCCAGUUUUUAUUGAUCCAAUCUCUAGGAAACAAAUGAUGAAAUUCAUUGAAUGCUAUGAAAAGAAGAGACCAGGGUCCAUAGAGAAAGGAAGGCCUGGACGUGUUUCACAGAAGUACUUUGAAGAAGGCUACUCUGGGCAGAAGCUGUAUAUAUAUAUAAGAAACUUUCCAUUUGACGUUACGAAAGUUGAAGUGCAGAAGUUCUUUGCAGACUUUUCCCUUGGUGAGGAUGACAUUUAUUUGCUUUAUGAUGACAAAGGAGUUGGUUUGGGAGAAGCACUGGUGAGAUUUAAAUCAGAAGAACAGGCUAUGAAAGCUGAACGUUUAAACCGAAGAAGAUUCUUAGGGACAGAGGUGUUGUUAAGACUUAUAUCUGAGGUACAAAUGCAGGAGUUUGGUGUAAAUUUUUCCUUUAUGUGCAAUGAGAAAACACAAGCUCAUUCCCAGUCACACAGCAGAGAUGACCGUUCCCGUCUGUUUGACUUAAAAGACUCACCAGUAUGUUCACUUGGCCGGUCUGAAAGCGUUGGUUACCAGCCAGAAGACUUAAGGCAUCCCCACAGGUAUUUCCAGCAGUCUGACAGGCACCCUCCAGAAGACUUCCGACACUCUCCUGAGGACUUCCGACAUUCUCCAGAUGACUAUAGACACCCCCAGGAGGAACACAUCAGGCGCUCUAGGGAGGAAGACUGGAGACAGCCUCUGGAAGAUUGGAGAUGGUCCCCGGAAGAUGAUUUCAGGCACUCUCAUGAAAAAGAUUAUAGGCCGCUACCAGAGGAGGAUUUCAGAUACCCUUGGGAGGAAGACUUCAGACGGGCACCUCAGGAGCACUUCAGGAGGCCAUCCCAGGAGCACUAUAGACGGCCACCCCAAGAACAUUUCAGGCUUUCUCGAGAGGAGUAUUUCAGGCAUGUGGCAGAUGAAGACUUUAGGCGCCCUUCUGAUGAGGACUUCAGGACCCCCCAAGAAGAAGAUUUGAGAUGUCCCACUGAUGAGGACUUCAGGCAGCUCUCUGAGGAAGACCUUAGGGAAGUACCAGAGGAGGACCUUAGGUUUCCUGAUAGUUUUAGACCUCCUGGUGAGGAUUUUUGGACCUCACCUGAUUUCAGAGGUCACCGUCCUUUUAUAAACUUUGGUCACUUAGAAAGUGGCAAGUUUGAUUUUGGAAAGCAUAAUAUGGGAUGCUUUCCUGAGGGAAGAUUUAUGCCUGAUGUAAAAUUAAAUUGUGGUUCAGGUAGAAUAACUCCUGUUAAGAUCAUGAAUCUUCCAUUUAAAGCCAAUGCUAAUGAAAUUUUAGACUUUUUCCAUGGUUACAAAGUCAUACCUGACUCAGUUUCCAUACAGUAUAAUGAGCAAGGGUUACCCAUAGGAGAAGCCAUUGUUGCUAUGAUAAAUUAUAAUGAAGCUAUAGCUGCUAUUAAAGAACUAAAUGGUAGACCAGUCGGUCCCCGCAAAGUUAAGCUCAUUUUGCUUUAGAGAGCCUUUCUGAGUCCAUAGUUUUCUUCCACAGUAUUGAUGCAGUAAAACUACAGCUUCUUAAAAAGUUUAUUUUUAAUUAUCUAAUCAAACAUUUUAAUUUUAACCUGUGAGUAGACAAAAUGUUGUAUAAAUCUGGUUUUCCUUUGCUUACAAAUGGACAUUCUUUUUCUCCCUAAUUUAAAAUUACAUAUGCUUUUUUUUUUUCUUUGCUAGGGGAGAGAAAACAAAUUUCCUGAAUUCAUUAGUUUCACUGAUGUUAUGGAUAAACCCACCCAGUCUUGUGAACUAUGGAGUUAUGUUGGGGGAAGGUAAAUUUAAUUUUGUUUUCACCGUCUUUUACUCAGACUGUGUAAGGAAAGGAUGGAUGACUGAUGGUUCAGAUCUGGCACUUCCAUUGCUACCUGCUUGCAGAACUCCCUUUUGUUUGAGAUACUGUGUUAAGGUCUCCUAUUAACUCUAAAUAGCUCAGAAAAUGAACAUACUGUGAACUUGAAAUUUACUUAUGUGAAAGGCUUAGGAAAUUCUCAUAAUUUGUGUUCAUAACUUUGAAAAGUUUUAUAAAAAUAAAAUUGCAACUGAAAUACUUA